CCUGUUAUAACGAACGCAUCAUACAAUCAAUACUCUAUGCACAUGAUUUGUGCUUUUGGGUCAACAUUACAUCUUGUCAAAGAAACAACUGACAAGCAAUUAUAUGAAGAAAUUGAGAAAAUUAUUAAAAUGCGAAAUAAAUCAGUCCUAAGUAGUUCAAUAGUUAAAAAACUUGAAGUAAUUUUACAGUCGGAUUAUUCAACAAUUGUAUCCAAGAUAAUAGCAGAGACAGAAGUUGAAGACAAUGAAAUAACAGAAGAUGCUAGAAAUUCUUUUCCUGAUAUAGAAUAUGAAUGGAUAGAAAAAGUAGUUAGAUCAAUAAAAGGUGCAAAUAACAUUUUUUCAUGUAAUAUGAAACCCCGAAAAACGGAUUUGUUAAUUUUGCGAUUAUCAGACGCGACCGAAAUUUUAGAUAUUGAAGUUUCUGGGCCACCAUUUAAUUCUACUAAAAAACACACUGUAGGGGAUGCAAAAAAGCUUCUUUUGUUAUCUGUUUGCAGUUUAUGCAAAAUACUUGCCAACAAUUUUGAUUGUUUGAUUGAAGAUGCAAAGCAAGUUAGGACAUAUUGCAUUCAAGCAAUUGGCGAUAGGCUCACGUUAUUUGCUACUUCUCUCAUUGACAAAAAGAAAUAUUUGGCUAUUGAAUUAGCCUCGUGCAUAAUACCUUUUUCAUUUGACGCUAUCUCAUGCUAUGCAAGAAUUUUUAACUUUUUUGCAAUAAUCCGAAACGAAUUUGUUAAGCAAGAAAAAAUACAAAAAAAGAUUCGUUCAUUUAUUCCUUUAGCUGAUAAUAAUAAUGAAGAUUUACGAGAGUGGGUGCAUCAACCCGAUGCUGAUUUAACAAUUGUAACUGAAGAUGAUAUAGAUGAACUCUUCUUGUGA